AUGAGUGCUCUUGAUGAUAGGAUUAAGGCUAAGGAAGGCUAUAGCAUUGAAGAAGUGGAGAGGGUGCUUCAUUUGGGAUUGUUGUGUGCACAUCCAAAUGCAAAUGUUAGGCCAACAAUGAGGCAAGCAGUGAAGGUCUUAGAGGGGUUAAGUGAGGCCAUCGAGCCUCAAGAAGGUGUGGAAGUUCAUUUGCUUGAUGAAAUAAGAACAAAUGGAAUGUGGUCUAGGCAUUACCAGAAUUCUGCUAGCAGAAGUCAUCCAACCAUGAAUGAUGUUUUUAAAACACUAUCAUCUUCAUCCAUUCCGCUUUCUAGCUCGGAUAUUAUAACCGAGGGACGUCCAGUGGUUGCGGGGAUAGCUCAGUUGGGAGAGCGUCAGACUGAAGAUCUGAAGGUCGCGUGUUCGAUCCACGCUCACCGCAUUAUGUACGGAAGAGCAACACAUCAAACCUUUGUUGUCCAUGUGGCGGGGAUAGCUCAGUUGGGAGAGCGUCAGACUGAAGAUCUGAAGGUCGCAGAUGGUGGACCUAGCCUAGCCCACCAUCAAAAGAUGAUGGACCAAGCCCACCAAUAUAUAGGCCAUCAUCCGAUUUUGUGGCCCAGUGGAUGGGGGGAUAGCUCAGACUGA